AGGACGUGUUACAUAACCUCUCCUCGUCCUCCUCCUCUUCCUCCUCCUUCACAACUACCACCACCACCACCACCAUCACAACCAAACGAAGGAAACAACAAGACAGAGAAGAAUAAGAGGCACAGAAUACAAAGAGAUAACUCGUGUACCAAAAGACACUUGUAUUUGCAAAGACGAAGCUAAAUAACUUAGAAACUCGUGUGAAAAUUAAUGAAAAGAUCAUUUUUUUCUUCUUUAUCAAACCUGGUGGUGAAUAAUGCUGUGUGGAAACUUGGGAAACAAUACUCUUCUAACAUAAAAAUACUUCAAACAAGAGAAGAAAAAUACUCCACUCUCCUGAAACCAAACUGACUGAACCAACACAGCGCACAAGAGGAACAGGCCCGCAUUCAGUUCCGCGCGAGUGUGUCAGUGUUGGCGAGGACACUAGAGUUGUCGACGUCUCAAGGGGGAAGGCAAGACUAGCUGUUAAGGCAAGUUAUGUCGCCGCCUGAGUGAGAGGUAACCAAGAAGGAAAAAAGACAAGAAAAAAAAACCAGGCUAAGAAAAGGAGCAGAAUAAAAAUCACAAUACAUCAAUACGAAACGGAGAAAGAAAACAGAAAAAAAAGUAAAAAGGAAACGGAAAAUCUACAAGGAAAGAAACCCAGAUGCAGGGAAAAAGAAAAAAAAAGGUGAAUGAAAAGAUGCGGUGAACAAAGACACAGGUGAACAAGAAGUUAAUUAAGGGAGGAGACCAAGUGUAAAAAAAAUACAUCUCACUGAAGAACAGAGAAAAAAAGUGAAGAAGAUUUUGUAUUUGAAAAUAAAAUGUGCUACUUUAUACCAACCUCCUCCUCCUCCUCCUCUUCUUCUUCUUUCCUCCAUAUCGUCCUCAUCCUCUUCCUCCUCCUCCUGGUCUCUCCUCCCUGCAGCGUCCAAGGAGACCCAUCACCAGGUUUCCCGCGCUUUAGGCCUCGCCACCCCGGGUCCCUGGAUUACGGUGUCGCCCAUCGCCCCGCCCCGCUGCUCUUCAAGACACAAAACAACACGGACCUCAAGGCACAGGUCGGCACCACGGCAGUCCUGCAUUGUGUUGCCUACCAUGUCGGGGAGAACACGGUGUCGUGGAUCAGAAGACGAGAUUACCACCUACUGACAGUCGGCUCGCUCACAUACAGCAGUGACCAAAGAUUCCAAAUAAGAUACGUGAAGCAGGAAAAUGACUGGCAGCUUCACAUCCAGUACGUGCAAAUUCGUGAUGACGGUGUGUAUGAGUGCCAGGUGUCAUCACAUCCGCCGGUCAGCCUGCUCACCACUCUGCACGUGACAGAGGCCACGUCAGAGGUGCUGGGAGGCCCGGAGAAGUAUGUAAGAGUGGGCAGUUCUCUCCGGCUUGUUUGUGUGCUGAGGAACAACACACAGCCGCCGGAGUACGUGUUCUGGUACCACGGCCACAUGAUCAACUUCCACGCCACGAGAGAGGUACGAGUGGAACAGAACGGGGGAGUGAGCACCUUGUAUCUGAACCAGGUUAGAGAUAGUGACUCUGGAAACUAUACCUGUGCUCCAUCCAAGGCCAGCCCCGCCCACAUCCUUAUCCACGUGCUGAAAGGUGGAGAGACGCCAGCCGCCAUUCACUCCGGGGUAGGUGGAUGCAAGGAGGGUGGAGGGUUUUCACUCACCUCUACGCUCCUACUCGUCCUCCUCCAGCUCAUCACUCUCCCUCUCACCUCUCCCUGCGUCUUAGUCCCCUCGUCCUCCCGCCACUCACAGCGUGACAGCAGCACCGCCACGCCAGGCCUCGGCAGGGUGACCAAAGAGAGAGGGAGAGAGAAUGAAGGCUGCACACUCCCGCUCUCUCCAGUACCCAAAUCUUCCUCUGGUGGAGGAGAGAGCAAGCACAUCAGUAAGAAGACCUGAGAUAAAAUUACCUCCUGAGGGACAUAACAAUCAGGUGGUGUCAAGGUGAUGUGAGGGUGAUGCAAUAAUUUAUUACCCCUUCCCUGCAAGAUUAAUUAAUACACCUGUUGGGAGAACGCCACUUGACACCUGAUGGGGAAGGCUCGUUACGUUAGGUGGAUAUUAACGAGGGAGGUAAAACAUUUUGCCAGGUGAAAUUCAUAUACAAGGUGUACUAGUGUGUAAUUUGUACAUUCUGUUAGGUUGUAAUAUAUGUACUGUGUGUGCGUGUGUGUGUGUGUGUGUGUGUGUGUGUGUGUGUGUGUGUGUUUUGUAAAUAUCAGUGUUGUUUCCUCUCACUCUUUCACUUCUACCUUCUGUGUUAAGACAAAGAAAUAAAGUUUGAAAGCAUCUUGUAAUUUUAACAGACAGAUUCAUCACCUUUGUAAAAACUGAUUCACUGACACACUAUGAGUCAAUAAAUCAUACCAAAUUUCCUGCUCUUUUUUCUUUUUUCUCAACAAAUACUAGUAAUUGCAAAGCCAAACAGAUAUUGGUACCUACAGAAAUAUCAACAACUAUCAGUAAUUCUAUGACUUAGAUAUUAAUGAUGACUGUAUGCCUAUCAAUAACUUAUGUUAACUACAUGACUAUCUGUUAAUGGCCUUUACCAUUUAUCAACUCCCUUAGCGUACUCCACUUCUGUCACAAUCCAGCAAACAUCAACAAGACAAAAGCAGGAGGAAGAAUAAAAGACAAGAAUGGAAGAAUGAGGAAAU